UGUAGGGUGGGGAUCUACGUUGAGCAUCACUACUUUACUUAUACUUGAAGCUCUUCAACGCAUGUGCGCAAUUGUUUGGAUCCUGUUGAAGCCGCUUUGGUCCCACACCUAGCAGUCAUGGAUGCCUCUAGUGCCGUGAUCCUGGUGGUACUUUGGUGCCCAGUGCACCUUUUCUUGACCAAGAAGGAUUGGGUGGCGCUGCGAGGAUGGUUGAGCUCAAUGAUGCAGGCUCCGGCUACGCACGAUGUCCUCAGAGAGAGCCGGGUUGAAGAAUGGAUGCUGAAACUUCGCGGGAGGUACUACCAGUUGUUCAGUCGCUGCUUGUCGCACAUCACUUUGAUGUUCUCCCUCUAUUUUCUUCAAGAAGCCUUGAAACGGCCAGGGCUAGGUAUCAUCAUUUGGGUCAUGUGCGGCACUGCGGCCUAUGUUCAGCACUUAGUGAUUGGAACCAAAUUGCUGGACUGUACGCCUUACAGAUUGAAGUUCUUGAGCUACAUGCUGCACGUCGUUGUGUUCCUAUUUAUUUUAGGAACAGCUGGCUCAGCCACCAGAUCGCUGUUUUCACUCCAGCAGAGCUUUGUGACUGGGACUCGUUUUUUGCUGGUCUUAACGUUCUUAGACCCGUGGGUUUCAAUCCCUUUUCAAGUGCUUUACACCACAACUCAAGUCGUCAUCCACUUGAAGGUCUUUGGAGAGCAAGGUGUAGAAGAAAUGGAGCCCUUGUGUUUCACACAAUUUGUCGUUUUCGGCAUCAGCACUGCCUCUUCUGUGUUCAUCGACAUGGCACUGCGCGGACGUAUUUAUGCGCAGUUGGAUUCCUCCGAUGCGGAGUCUUUGGUUUCCGGCUUCCGGAGGGUUUUGAGAGGUGCUUGUGAUGGCGAAGUGCUCUUGGACAACCACAUGAAUGUCGCACAAGAGAGCGAAUGCUUAAAGCAUUUGAUUCUCACCGAUGUGAGUCUGAAAGGCAGGUCCUUUCAACAUUUACUUGUUGAAGAUGAAGAUGAACAGGCUCGCUUUGGCCAGUUCAUUGAGGCCUCCACUCAGGCCUUUGGCAGGCCAGACUCCAAAGAUUCUGCAUGUCCCUCUUCCUUGAGGAUCUCUUUGCGUACAUCUGCUGGCAUUCGUGUUGGUGC